AAAUCCCUAGAUCUAAAAUGGCCUCCAAUGCUCCUAGUACCGGACAAAACGAGAUGAGGAUUGAUCUUAUUCGCUCUUUCAGCUCAAUACAUUGCGUGAUGGAGCUCGAAGAUAACUACGAGCAUUUUGAUCUCCCCAAGGCCUUAGAGUAUAGGUUUCGGCUACCCCUCCACCCCUUUAAUCACCAGGCUUCUGAGGCUUUAGGAUUUGAUAAAUUGAGUUGGUGGAAAGCAAACUUUGGGAAGUAUCCUAUACUAGCAAAAGUAUCAAGAGAUGUUUUGGGCAUACCGGUCUCGACCGUAGCAUCCAAGUCCGUUUUUAGCACCGGGGGACGUGUAAUUCAUUGUUAUAGAAGCCGAAUGACAACGGAUAUGGUGGAGGCAUUAAUAUGCGUACAAGAUUGGAUUAAAGUGGAACAAGGAGUUACACAAGUUGUAACUAGAAAGGAUGAUGUUCUUGAUGUGUCUAAGAUAGUGGAUGAUGAUGACUCGGAGAUUGCCGAGACCUUUGUAAGAGCACCAUUAUGUGACAUCAUAAAGGUCUACUAUUCGGAUGAUGAGAUUUGA